UAGCAAUCGUCUUGACGCGCUUCCCAUUUUGAUACGCCAUAAAAAUUGUUUUUACCGCGGAAAGAAUUAUAGUGGAAAAAUGGCGGUCGCUGAAAAGGCUUUCGAAGUUCUAUAGUUUUGUCAUUCAACGGUUUUUGAAGUAAAUAUAGGCAUCAUUUACUGUCCCCAACGAAAGCUCUAUGGUUGCUUAAAGAUCGCCCUAAAACUCUCGCAGUUUAGAAGGAGACCACCCUUCAGUUGCAGCCGUAACCGAUCUUCGAACAGCACAGAGCUCAGAUUUUUCUCUGUUUUAAGCACACGAGUGGAUAUUCUACAUAAGGUGGAGAUGCAUCCGAGUGUGAGGGACAUGGUAUGUUGGAUAGGUGUUUCCACCUAGGAGAAAGUCAGAAAACGUCCUUGGCCUUUCUAGUUUUUGAGGAUUGCAAGGAGGUGCUAGGAAUAUUUCCUAGUUAUUUUUCUUCCUAAAGAAGAAGAGUUGGAGCAGCAAAAAAUUGAUGGGAAUGGUAGUUGAAGGGGUUAUGAUUGGUUAUGGGAUUGAAGGUAAGGAUUAACAGAAAUUGGGAUUUGGGUCGAGUGGAUGUAUAAUGGAGGAGUUAAGAAUCUGUAAAAUGAUAUGGUGGGUCUGGAGGGUCAUCAUUGAACUUGAAGAUAUGAAUAAGGUUGGUAGUGGCGAUAAUGAUGAUGAUGGGAAGGAGCAGAAUUGUUGAUUGUAUGUCUGGGGACUAUGCAACACAUCCAAGCUCCAGGUGCAUGGGCAUCACAAGCUUGCUUUUAAUCAACUGUGGAGACAGUUGUAGUCGUUUGAUAAAUGCAUAGAUUGGGUGGGAAACUAAACAAACAAUAUAAAGGAGAAAAUACUCCCCACUAUUGCUUCCUCAUCUUGAACGAGCAGAAAUUUUGAGCCUCAGAGAUAUAAUUUAAGAAAUAACCUGCAAACCUAUUUUAUGGUGUCUGGAGAUGUUGUGAAUUAUUCGAAAGAGAUGCAUUUAUAUCACCAUCCAUUCUCCUUAGACAGUCAGAAGGUGCGACUUGCUUUGGAGGAGAAAAGCAUAGAUUAUGUGUCUCACAAAAUGAAUCCGCUGAAGGGCAGAAACCUGGAUUUGGACUUUUUUCGCAUGAACCCAACUGGGAAAAUACCUGUUUUUAAGAAUGGCGACAUCAUCAUUUUUGAUACACUUACUAUCGUUGAGUACAUUGAUGGCAUCAAUGAACCCUUAGGGGGAAAUGAUGUAGACCAUAGAAGAAUGCUGGCGUGGAUGCAGAAAAUAGAUGAAUGGAAUCCAAAGCUUUUCACCCUCAGCAACAUUCCUCAGAAGUAUAUUUUAUUCUUUUCAAGAUUCAAGAGACAAGUUGCAAUAGCAAGAAUGUCUCAAAGUCCUGAUCUUGCAGACAAAUAUCAUCUGAAACUUCGAGGUGCUUAUGCAACAGAGGAGCAACUGAAGGACGAGGAUGCUGUUAAUGAAAGCACAGAGAAACUGGCAAUUCUUCUUGAUGAUGCUGAAACCCAACUGGCAGAAUCAAAAUUUCUAGCAGGUGAAAAGUUUUCAAUGGCAGAUGCGAUGUUUGUGCCAAUUUUAGCACGUAUUGAGUUGUUGAAUAAGGAAAAUGAAUAUAUUGGCAUAAGAACACAUCUUUUAGAUUACUGGAAUCGUGUAAAGGAGCGUCCAAGCUAUGGUGCUGUUAUAGGCAAGUAUUUCUCGGGAUGGAGAAAAUAUAAAAGUUUGUUGAGCACCUACACUAGUGUUUGGAUUAGAAAUGUAUUCAAAAGGUACUGAUUGUCAUCUAAUAGCUUUUAGAUUUUCACUGAAUGAUUGCCAUUGGAAAAUGAGAUGUGGUGUUAUAGUUUUUGAUGUAUAUAACCUUGAACAUUAGUUUGUAAAGUGUUUUUAAACAUUAUCCACACUUCCAGGAAGCCAAUUAUUUGGAUUUUCCUCUCUGGCCAUGUAAAAUGCAACUUCUUAGAGGAUAUGUAAAAAUAAGAUUUCUAUUGUCUUUA